AUGUCAAAUACUUCUAAUAAGAAUAUCGCACCCACUAAAAUCAAAAAGGAAAGCCAAAAUUAAUCCACGACAAAGCUUGCAAACCUAACUCAAAAGAAGCAACCGUAAAUUAUGAUUUAAUUUAAGACCAUCAUAAGUGUAAAAAGUUAAUGAACCUCCUUUAAAAAAAAGUGUCAAUACAGAUUCAAUAAUUGACAAAACUAUUGAACAAGUUCAAAAUGUCAAAUAAACAAGCAUUACUAGAUCAACAACCAGAUAAAUCACAUCAAAAAUAGAUGAUGGAAGGCCUAAAAAUGCAUCUGAACUAACAAUAAAGCAAACUUCUUUUGUUAAUAAAAAUUAAAAACAGUAAAGUCUAAAAUCAGGAAAAUUAGAAGAUAAAUAAAAAUAAGAAUAAUAAAAAGAUAAAACUUUCCCUAAAAAUCAAGAUUAAAAAAAAAAUGGUACAAAACCAUAAAUAUAAAAUUAAUUUGAAAAAACAGAAGAAAAUACAAAUUCAAUAUAAGAUAAAGAAAUAAUUGCAGAUAAUAAUAAUUAAGAAAGCUUUCAAUGUAAGGAAAUAAAAUUUAAUUAAGAAUAAUUUGAAGAUUUAUUAUUAAUAAAUGUUCCCAAUAGUGAAAACAUAAAUGAAACAAUUAAUCCAAAUUAAGAUAGCAAAAUGAAAAUGUCUUAUUAAGAAGCUGACUAAUUAGAUAUGUCUUAAAAUAAUUAUUAAGAAGUAAAUGUUAUUGAAUAUGAGGAAAUAAUAGAUUUAAACAUUAAUUAAAGUUUUUAGAUUUAAGUUGAAUAGGAAAAAAGGUAUGUUGUAGGCUAAAAUUAAAACAAUAAUUAUAUAAAUGAUCAACAAGAAAACGAAAAAUUAAAUAAUAGUGAUGAAAAACAAUUAAAUUAAAUGGAUCAAUAAAAUGAAUAAAAAAGAGAAGAAAAUAUAUAAGAAUAUAAUAAUGAAUAAAAUAAUGUUUAAAUUGUGAAAGAGAAUAAUGAAAAUUAAAUAUAAAGAUAAUAAGGUGAAGAAGAAGAAUUAGUAAAUUUAUAAACAAAUAAUAAUCAUUAAGAAUAUGUGUAAAGAGUAGAAGAAAAUAAUGAAAAUAUAAUUUAAAAUUAAUAAAGUGAUAAAGAAGAAUAAACAAAUUUAGAAGCAAAUAAUAAUGAAUAAGAAUAUGUUUAAAUAGUAGAAUAAAAUAAUGAAAAUAUAUUUGUAAAUUAAUAAGGAGAAGUGAAAGAAUUAGUAAAUUUAUAAAAUAAUAAUAAUCAAUAAGAAUAUGUUUAAAUAGUAGAAGAAAAUAAUGAAAAUAUAUUUGAAAAUUAAUAAGGUGAAGUAAAAGAAUAAGUAAAUUUAUAAACAAAUAAUAAUCAAUAAGAAUAUGUGUAAAUAGUAGAAGAAAAUUAUGAAAAUAUAAUUGAAAAUUAAUAAAGUGAUAAGGAAGAAUAAACAAAUUUAGAAGCAAAUUAUAAUGAAUAAGAAUAUGUUUAAAUAGUAGAAGAAAAUAAUGAAAAUAUAUUUGAAAAUUAAGACGGUGAAUUAAAAGAAUAAGUAAAUUUCGAAGCAAAUAAGAAUGAAUAAGAAUAUGUUUAAAUAGUUGAAGAAAAUAAUGAAAAUAUAUUUGAAAAUUAAUAAGGUGAAGUAAAAGAAUAAGUAAAUUUAUAAACAAAUAAUAAUCAAUAAGAAUAUGUGUAAAUAGUAGAAGAAAAUUAUGAAAAUAUAUUUGAAAAUUAAUAAGGUGAAGUAAAAGAAUAAGUAAAUUAAAAAGCAAAUAAUAAUAAAUAAGAAUAUGUCUAAAUAGUAGAAGAAACUAAUGAAAAUAUAUUUGAAAAUUAAUAAAGUGAUAAGGAAGAAUAAACAAAUUUAGAAGCAAAUAAUAAUGAAUAAGAAUAUGUUUAAAUAGUAGAAGAAAAUAAUGAAAAUAUAAUUGAAAAUUAAUAAAGUGAUAAAGAAGAAUAAACAAAUUUAGAAGCAAAUAAUAAUGAAUAAGAAUAUGUUUAAAUAGUAGAAGAAAAUAAUGAAAAUAUAAUUGAAAAUUAAUAAAGUGAUAAAGAAGAAUAAACAAAUUUAGAAGCAAAUAAUAAUGAAUAAGAAUAUGUUUAAAUAGUAGAAGAAAAUAAUGAAAAUAUAAUUGAAAAUUAAUAAAGUGAUAAAGAAGAAUAAACAAAUUUAGAAGCAAAUAAUAAUGAAUAAGAAUAUGUUUAAAUAGUAGAAGAAAAUAAUGAAAAUAUAAUUGAAAAUUAAUAAAGUGAUAAAGAAGAAUAAACAAAUUUAGAAGCAAAUAAUAAUGAAUAAGAAUAUGUUUAAAUAGUAGAAGAAAAUAAUGAAAAUAUAAUUGAAAAUUAAUAAAGUGAUAAAGAAGAAUAAACAAAUUUAGAAGCAAAUAAUAAUGAAUAAGAAUAUGUUUAAAUAGUAGAAGAAAAUAAUGAAAAUAUAAUUGAAAAUUAAUAAAGUGAUAAAGAAGAAUAAACAAAUUUAGAAGCAAAUAAUAAUGAAUAAGAAUAUGUUUAAAUAGUAGAAGAAAAUAAUGAAAAUAUAAUUGAAAAUUAAUAAAGUGAUAAAGAAGAAUAAACAAAUUUAGAAGCAAAUAAUAAUGAAUAAGAAUAUGUUUAAAUAGUAGAAGAAAAUAAUGAAAAUAUAAUUGAAAAUUAAUAAAGUGAUAAAGAAGAAUAAACAAAUUUAGAAGCAAAUAAUAAUGAAUAAGAAUAUGUUUAAAUAGUAGAAGAAAAUAAUGAAAAUAUAAUUGAAAAUUAAUAAAGUGAUAAAGAAGAAUAAACAAAUUUAGAAGCAAAUAAUAAUGAAUAAGAAUAUGUUUAAAUAGUAGAAGAAAAUAAUGAAAAUAUAAUUGAAAAUUAAUAAAGUGAUAAAGAAGAAUAAACAAAUUUAGAAGCAAAUAAUAAUGAAUAAGAAUAUGUUUAAAUAGUAGAAGAAAAUAAUGAAAAUAUAAUUGAAAAUUAAUAAAGUGAUAAAGAAGAAUAAACAAAUUUAGAAGCAAAUAAUAAUGAAUAAGAAUAUGUUUAAAUAGUAGAAGAAAAUAAUGAAAAUAUAAUUGAAAAUUAAUAAAGUGAUAAAGAAGAAUAAACAAAUUUAGAAGCAAAUAAUAAUGAAUAAGAAUAUGUUUAAAUAGUAGAAGAAAAUAAUGAAAAUAUAAUUGAAAAUUAAUAAAGUGAUAAAGAAGAAUAAACAAAUUUAGAAGCAAAUAAUAAUGAAUAAGAAUAUGUUUAAAUAGUAGAAGAAAAUAAUGAAAAUAUAAUUGAAAAUUAAUAAAGUGAUAAAGAAGAAUAAACAAAUUUAGAAGCAAAUAAUAAUGAAUAAGAAUAUGUUUAAAUAGUAGAAGAAAAUAAUGAAAAUAUAAUUGAAAAUUAAUAAAGUGAUAAAGAAGAAUAAACAAAUUUAGAAGCAAAUAAUAAUGAAUAAGAAUAUGUUUAAAUAGUAGAAGAAAAUAAUGAAAAUAUAAUUGAAAAUUAAUAAAGUGAUAAAGAAGAAUAAACAAAUUUAGAAGCAAAUAAUAAUGAAUAAGAAUAUGUUUAAAUAGUAGAAGAAAAUAAUGAAAAUAUAAUUGAAAAUUAAUAAAGUGAUAAAGAAGAAUAAACAAAUUUAGAAGCAAAUAAUAAUGAAUAAGAAUAUGUUUAAAUAGUAGAAGAAAAUAAUGAAAAAAUUAUUAAAAUUUAAUAAACUGAUAAAGAAGAAUAAACAAAUUUAAAAGCAAAUAAUAAUCAAUAAGAAUAUGUGUAAAUAGUAGAAGAAAGUAAUGAAAAUAUAAUUGAAAAUUAAUAAAGUGAUAAAGAAGAAUAAACAAAUUUAGAAGCAAAUAAUAAUCAAUAAGAAUAUGUGUAAAUAGUUGAAGAAAAUAAAGAAAAUAUAUUUGAAAAUUAAUAAGGUGAAGUAAAAGAAUAAGUAAAUUUAUAAACAAAUAAUAAUCAUUAAGAAUAUGUGUAAAUAGUAGAAGAAAGUAAUGAAAAUAUAAUUGAAAAUUAAUAAAGUGAUAAAGAAGAAUAAACAAAUUUAAAAGCAAAUAAUAAUCAAUAAGAAUAUGUUUAAAUAGUAGAAAAAAAUAAAGAAAAUAUAAUGAAAAUUUAAUAAAGUGAUAAAGAAGAAUAAACAAAUUUAAAAGCAAAUAAUAAUCAAUAAGAAUAUGUUUAAAUAGUAGAAGAAAAUAAUGAAAAAAUAAUUAAAAUUUAAUAAACUGAUGAAGAAGAAUAAACAAAUUUAAAAGCAAAUAAUAAUGAAUAAGAAUAUGUGUAAAUAGUAAAAGAAAGUAAUGAAAAUAUAAUUGAAAAUUAAUAAAGUGAUAAAGAAGAAUAAGUAAAUUUAUAAACAAAUAAUAAUCAUUAAGAAUAUGUGUAAAUAGUAGAAGAAAGUAAUGAAAAUAUAAUUGAAAAUUAAUAAAGUGAUAAAGAAGAAUAAACAAAUUUAGAAGCAAAUAAUAAUGAAUAAGAAUAUGUGUAAAUAGUUGAAGAAAAUAAUGAAAAUAUAUUUGAAAAUUAAUAAGGUGAAGUAAAAGAAUAUGUAAAUUUAGAAGCAAAUAAGAAUGAAUAAGAAUAUGUUGAAAUAAUAGAAGAAAGUAAUGAAAAUAUAAUUUAACAUUAAUAAAGUGAUGAAGAAGAAUAAACAAAUUUAGAAGCAAAUAAUAAUGAAUAAGAAUAUGUUUAAAUAGUAGAAGAAAAUAAUGAAAAUAUAUUUGAAAAUUAAGAUGGUGAAUUUAAUGAAAAUAUAAUUGAAAAUUAAUAAAGUGAAAAAGAAGAAUAAACAAAUUUAGAAGCAAAUAAUAAUGCAUAAGAAUAUGUUUAAAUAUUAGAAGAAAGUAAUGAAAAUAUAUUUGAAAAUUAAUAAAAGGAUAAAGAAGAAUAAACAAAUUUAGAAGCAAAUAAUAAUGAAUAAGAAUAUGUUUAAAUAGUAGAAGAAAAUAAUGAAAAUAUAAUUGAAAAUUAAUAAAGUGAUAAAGAAGAAUAAACAAAUUUAGAAGCAAAUAAUAAUGAAUAAGAAUAUGUUUAAAUAGUAGAAGAAAGUAAUGAAAAUAUAAUUGAAAAUUAAUAAAAGGAUAAAGAAGAAUAAGUAAAUUUAGAAGCAAAUAAGAAUGAAUAAGAAUAUGUUUAAAUAGUAGAAGAAAGUCAUGAAAAUAUAAUUGAAAAUUAAUAAAGGGAUAAAGAAGAAUAAACAAAUUUAGAAGCAAAUAAUAAUGAAUAAGAAUAUGUUUAAAUAGUAGAAGAAAAUAAUUAAAAUAUAUUUGAAAAUUAAGACGGUGAAUUAAAAGAAUAAGUAAAUUUAGAAGCAAAUAAGAAUGAAUAAGAAUAUGUUUAAAUAGUAGAAGAAAGUAAUGAAAAUAUAAUUGAAAAUUAAUAAAAGGAUAAAGAAGAAUAAGUAAAUUUAGAAGCAAAUAAGAAUGAAUAAGAAUAUGUUUAAAUAGUAGAAGAAAGUCAUGAAAAUAUAAUUGAAAAUUAAUAAAGGGAUAAAGAAGAAUAAACAAAUUUAGAAGCAAAUAAUAAUGAAUAAGAAUAUGUUUAAAUAGUAGAAGAAAAUAAUUAAAAUAUAUUUGAAAAUUAAGACGGUGAAUUAAAAGAAUAAGUAAAUUUAGAAGCAAAUAAUAAUGAAUAAGAAUAUGUUUAAAUAGUAGAAGAAAAUAAUUAAAAUAUAUUUGAAAAUUAAGACGGUGAAUUAAAAGAAUAAGUAAAUUUAGAAGCAAAUAAUAAUGAAUAAGAAUAUGUUUAAAUAGUAGAAGAAAGUAAUGAAAAUAUUUUUGAAAAUUAAUAAGGUGAAGUAAAAGAAUAAGUAAAUUUAUAAACAAAUAAUAAUGCAUAAGAAUAUGUUUACAUAGUAGAAGAGAAUAAUGAAAAUGAAAUUGAAAAUUAAUAAAGUGAAUAAUAAGAAGAAGAAAAUACAUAUGCAUAUAAUACUGAAUUACAAAAUAUUCAAAUUCUAGAAGAUAACAAUCAAAAUAAAAUUCAAGAUUUUAAUAUUGAAUUAUAAGAAGAAACCAUUACAAAACCAAAUUAUAAUAUAUAAGAAAAUUUAUAAAUUUAAAAAGAAAAUUUUGAAAUAUAAAUGGACAAUGAUUAAUAAAAUUAAUAAUAAAAAAAAGAAUAUACUUUAACAAAUAUUGAUUAAUAAGAAUUUGUUUAAAUUAUAGAAAAGAACAAAUAAAAUGGAAUUGAAAAUGAUUAAUCAAAGAAAAAAUCUGAUUAAGAAAAUACAUACACAAUAAAUAAUAAAUAAGAAAAUGUUUAAAUUAUAUAAUUGAACAUUCAAAAUAAUAUAAAAAAUUAAUAAGAUGAAUAAUAAGUAUAAGAAAUUACACAAAUUAACUACAAUUAAAAAGAAUAUUAUUAAAUUUUACCAGAUAAUAGUGAAAAUAAAAUCGAAAUUGAUUAAUAAAAUGAAUUAAAAGUAUAAAAAACUACAUAUACAAACUAAAAUGAAUAAUAAUAUAUUUAAAUUAUAGAGAAGAAAAAGGAAAACAACAAUGAAAUCAAUUAAAAAUAAGUAAAAGAAAAUACAUAAUUAAACAAUUUUGUAUAAUAAUCAGCAUAAAUUGUAAAUUAAAAUGAAAACAAAGAAACUUAAAAAGAAUAUGAUUAAUAAAAUGAAUAAAUAAAAAAGUAUUAAACAGAGACAAUUAAUUCUAAACAUGAAUACGUUUAAAUUAUAAAAGAAAACAAUGAAAAUAAAGAAGAAUAUUUACAAACAACCUUUAUUCAUCAAAAAUAUGUUAAUAAUUUUAAUGCAAACAAUGAAAAUUUAUAAAGAAAUGAUCCUAAAUAAAAAAAUAUAUCCAUUAUCAUUAAAAACAAUUAAAUAGAAGAAAGUAAUGAUUCCCAAAUUUAAUCAUCAGUAGAAGAAAAUUUACAAACCAAAAAUAUACAAUUCCUAAAUUUUUAAAUUACAAAUUACAACGAUAACGAUGAAAAAAAAAAUGGAAAUAUUUAAUAAACAGAUAAAAUAGAAGUAUAAAAUUUUUUAUCAAACAAUAUUGAUGAACAAAAUCCAUUAAUCAUUAAUUAAGAAAUUGAAACAAAACUCAAUAAUGUUUUUUUCAGCUAAUAAAUAAUAUUGGAAGAAGCAUAAAAUUAUUUAGCUUAAGAUCAAGUAUAAAAUAAAAUAUAAAAAUUUUAAUAAAUUGAUUAAGAAAGUCCAAAAUAAGAUUAAAUAGAAAAUCAAGAAAAAAAACCAUAAUUUGAAAGAGAAUUCGUUAAAAUUUAAUUCAGUGAAGAUAAAAAAAUUUAUAAAACCUCGAUAUAAUAGUCGGAUUAAUAGCAAAAUUAACAAAAUUAGCAUAUAUAAGAUUUUAAUUAACAAAAUGUAAACAAUGAUGAAAUGUAGAAAAGUAAAAAAGAAAAUAUUUUUAAGGAAUCAUAAAACAACACAGACACAGCACUUAUAAAUUAAAAUUAAACUGAUAAAUAGAAUAUAACAUAAGAUAAAAUUUAAAAAAUUUAAAAUUUUUAAGAAAUAAGUUCAAAUUAAUUUUUGUAUGAACAAUUUUAAAACGGUUAAAAUUAAAUAAAUACUUAUUAAGAUUUAUAAUCUAAUAAUGAUUAAUUUAAUAACUCAUCAUCAAAUUUCACUAGGUACCAGUCCAACUCAACAGCUAAUUGGAUAGCAAAUUUGGAAAAAAAGUAAUUAGAAAAUGAUAAUGAUUUAUUAUCAAAUAAAAGAAAUUCAGAGGUAUUUCCAUUGGAUCUUGGGUUGGAUGAUAAUUCUAAUAUGGUAAAUAAGAAAUAGAUAAAAUAUCAAAAUGAUUAAUUUAACUAAUUAAAUGAUGAAAAUCCUCAUGAAUUAGGUCGAGAUUCAUAGCAAAAUAAAAAUUAGGAAUUAGAACACACAAAUAAAAUAUAGAAUGUCAACAUAGUUCAAAAUAAUUAUCCAAGAAAUAAUGAAUAGGAAGAUUACUAAUCUGAAAAAAGUAGUAACAGACUCAAAAAAUACAACGAUAUAUAAGAUUAGAAUUAAACAUAAGAUGUGAUUGAUCAAACUUAGUAUUUUUAAGAUGAUAAAACUGAUUUAUUAAUUCAAAAUCUCAAUUAAAUCAAUGACUAACAAAGUGAAUAAUAUAAUUUAACUUAAUAAGAUUCGAAAAUCGAAGAAAUUUAAAUACAUUAAACGAAUUUGCAAGUUCAUCAAGAAUAGUAUUAAACUGAUCUAAAAGAAGAUAAUUAUUAAUAAUAAAACACCGUUUAAGAAAAAAAGUCGUAAAAAACAAAAAAAUUAUUUUGUAAAUGUUGCCAAUUAAUUUGA